UUCUCCCACUGGUCAGCAAAUUAGGGCAGAAAUAGUUUAACAAGAUUAAGUUUACUUAUUGACACUUUUAAGUUGAGGCAGUUAAUUGUCUUGAGCAGUUGAUAUCACUGGUACCUGUAUAUAGAUAGUUACUGGACACUCUCCCAGUUAUAGCACAAGUUGUUGGUUUGAGAACUAGUUGUGACAUUUAUACUAAAAAUUCACCAUGACUAGGACACUGGACACAAGUUGUAUGACCAUUAAUUCUACCAGAAGAGGUCCAUUCCGUGCCACUCAGAUAUGGAACGAGAUCAUCGAGCACCUGAAGUCGAAGGUGGAAGUGAAGCGUCGCCGCUACAAGAUGCGUAACUACGAGAACUGUUUCUGCGGGACUGAUGCUGUGGAUGUCGUACUACACUACCUCCUGAGUGAUCGCAACACCUUCAGCAGUGACCUGUCUCGGGAAAAGGCCAUCAAGCUUUGCCAGGCUCUGAUGGAUCGCAACGUUUUCAGCCCAGUCAGCUCGAGGACCAGCGAGAUCAAGAAGACCUUUGAUGAUAGUCACAGCAAGCUGUACCGCUUUGUAGGCCCCGAUCUAGAGCACGAGGAGGAGAACCGCAUCGUCGAGUCUGAGGAGUCUGACGAGGACCAGAACUACUCCAUCGUGGUUGACUGCCGCAGCAAGAGUGACGAAAUGAGAAUUGACUCCAGCGUUGAACCGGACUUGAUUGAGGAUGGCGUCAUCUGUAACCCGAUAGCCGUCAACAAGAAAGGUCAGGUGCUACAGGAAAUCCUCUCCCUCCAGAACUCGUACAGUCGUAGGCGUAGUCGCAGCUCCCUCAAGUGUGCCAACACCUCUAUGUUGAUGCGAAGCAUGAAGGAGAAGCAUGAUGUAUCUCCUGAAGCUCUAGAGGACUUGUGGAAGGAAGUUGCCCUGUGCCAGUUGUUGACCUUGAUCGACCUCCCGUUCCUCGAUGGCCUCCUGGUGGAUGAGAAGCCAAGCAAGAAGUUCAUCAAGCAUAACCUCAUCAUCUCCAACGUGGUGGCCAAGCACUGGAACAUCCCCUCACCUUCAACUGGACAGGACCCCUUCAUGUCGUCUGCUCUCGGCUGCAUCGAGUGUCUUCCAAAGGGUAUCAGCAUCCUUGAGAACAGCUUCGUCCGCGACACCAACCCCGCCGCCAAGUUACAAGCCUUCCACAUCAUCAGCGAGCACUACACCACCCAGCUGGACGAGUCUCUCCUUCCAGAGCGCUUCAUCGACCUUCACCUCGCUGUCCUCAACUUCAUCCUGCAGCAGACGGACCAGAAGGCCCUUGAGGCUCUCCAGCUCGACAUGAUCCUGUUGCCAUGGCACGUCAGGGAGGAGCUCCAGCGUCUGUUGCGAUUCAUGGCCGCCGUCAAGAAUGAAUCCAUGCAGAUUGAUGCCAAGGACGACAACGAGGUCCAUCUACUGAACACAUUCACCGACAGUAUCAUGAAGCACAAGGUGGUUGCCCCCAAGCUUGCCCGCAUCCUCGUUGGUUUUAUGGUGCAGAACGUCGAGGAGAUCUUCAGCGUCCCCAAGGAUAUCCGUGACCGUGUCAACUCCCGCAUCGACGAUCUCCGCACUGGAGAAGUUUCCCCUGUCAGAGAAAACACAUAUUGCCAGCAAGUUUCACCCCAGGAGUACGAGCAGCAGGCCACAGAAUGUACCCAGAAUGCCUUGGUGGCCAUGAUGAACGAUAUCCUUGACAACACAGAGCUCAGUCUGAAGGAGAAGAAGCAGAAACUCCGACAGUUCCAGAAACAUCACCCCUCCCUCUACGAUAUCCACUUUACCGGGAUGCUGUAGAUAGACUUAUCAUUGAAUCCAGCAAAACAAGAUGGUGCAUUAGUUAUAGGUCCCGGGAUGUGCGGGACACAUCUCAACUCAAAAGUGCAAUUAUUGUGUCAAAUAUGUGAUAUUUGUUUGAACUUUGUUAAUUCUCAACGGACCGAAGGACUACCUUUGACUGUGUGUGCCAAUAGACUCAUAAACUCAGUACAAAUUAAUUGAUAUUAUUGAAGAAUUUUCUGAGGUUCACUGAGAGAAUUAGAAUGUCUCAAAUUUAGUAGUUCUAAUCACAGAGUGCAUAAUAUGUCAAAAUCUAUUGUGUACAACACUUAUUCCUUUUCUGCCUAUCACCCUUUCAUUUUCAUAUAUCUAGCCAUUUGUGAUAUUAAUACCAUUUGUACAGCAUUUACAAUUUGUACAUAGAUAAUGCCUUUGUAAGGCAUUUAAAAUUGUUGAUAUUCUAAGUAUUUAUUCACAAGAGAUAUAUUUAUUUGUAUAUAUUGUAUAUUACUGUAUGAAUGAUGAUCAGAAUGUAUUGUUUGAAUGAAAGACGUCCUAUGAGUAAUGGUUAAUUGAUCAAUAUGCUAGUUUGAUCUCACCAUGAUAGUUUGUUUGUCAACAAGUUGUAUGUGAGUAAAAUGAUGGAAGAGUGAAAUAUGUACAUAUCAAAUCAUGUUUUAUCUUGAUUAAAACAUCAAAUUUUGAA